AUGGUAGUCGCCACGUUGUACACGUGGCAAGCCGACCCGCUCUUCCUAGCGGCUGAGGAGGUGCAAGACUCGGCAGACAGGCUGCAGUCGAGCUUCCACCAAUGGCAGCUUCUCCUCCAGCGCCGAGAAUGCGGAGACGAACCCGCCACGUGGCAAACGCACCCAGAAAACGACAACGACGGCGACUCCAUCUGGCCGGUGCGGUCCGGCGACGACGAGGACGUGGUGGUUGUGACCGUUGAUCAGCAAGUCGACGAGGAAGGCGUGCGACUCGUGAUGCUCUGCGCGUGCGACACGCUGCGCUGGCAGCUCGAAGCCUUCGAGCGCGCGGCGCGAGACGACGAGUGGCGCGCCGAGGCGCUAGGCCAGGCGCCAUCCAGCGUGAACGAGACUCGCGAGCGGCGCCGCCAGUUCGUCUCCGCGAUUCGCAUGCAGCUGCAGCAGGUGCAGGCCGUCAUCCGCCCCGCGAUCGGCGCCUCCUCGGCUGCCGCAGAUACAGCCGUCGCGUCCGGGUCUUCGGUCGGAAGUAGUAGCGCGGUUAGCGGCGUGGAUUCCGGUGGAAUAACAGUCGCUUUUCCGUCCGGUUUGGCAGCGGCCGCUUCUAACGCGUCUAGCCGAGCAGCAGCAGCAGCUGUUGCUUCUACUGAAACUGAUGGUGGAGCAGCAGGAGGGGGAGCGGGCGGGGUGGCUGGUAAGGGGGGGUAUGGCGAGAAGGAGACGAUGGGUUCGGGGAGGCUGCUGCUCGACGGACGUGUGGACAUGGCCGAAAUGGAACUGGGUCUUCUGCAAUUAAACAACAGCCAGGUCGCUCAGAUGAACGCCCAUUGGCCGGCUCAACGGCUAGCAGAGGAAGAAGAGGAGGAUGAUCAACGGCAGGGAUCUGCUCACGAUGACGACGCAGGCGAGAAUCAACGGCUGGUUUUUGGCUGGCAGCUGUCGCUGCACCGAAAGAAGCGACGGUCGAGAUCAAAAGCUGGAGGGAAAGGGGGAGUAGGGGAGUCUGAUGGGGAGGAGAGUGAGGGAGGAGUAACGGUGCUGAUGGGUUUGAAUGGCAGAGAGCUAGUAACGGCGCUUGUGGCGAUAGUGGGAAUCAUUCUCCUGAUACUGCUGCUGCUGUCAUGGUGUGGAGUAGGGGGGUCAGCACAACAAGCAAGCAGUUCUCCGUCCCUGCCUCCUCCGAAUGAUUAA